UCUGGUAUACACUGCCUGGAAGGGUAGCUGAAGCUUGAAACCACAUAACUUUUAAAACGUGCUUGGACAAGCAUGUAAAGUCAUAAGGUUCAAGGCUCUGGGGCUAGCGCUGGAACGUGAAACUAAUGUGGGUAAUUGUGUAUUUUUGGCGAUAUGCUCUCAGUGGGCUGAACAGCCUCUUCAGUAUUGUAUAAUUCUAUGUAUGUUCUUCUAUUGCUGUUUUACAAAUGUUAUCAGCAAGGAAGAAAUUGUCUUGUGCUGUGUAUCUGAACGAAAUGUUUCUUUGGAGUGGGAGUAGGCUUUUUAGCUGCUGCUUUGGCUGUUCAUGUAUGGUUACUUAAGGGCUUUCUUGUAAUUAAAAAUGUUAACUUCAGUUAAUUUUGUUUAAAGCAAGGCACCUCUUCAGAUUAUUCAUGGAGCAACAGACCCCUGGCUGUUUGUGUGUAGCUGGCCUCAGGCUCUACAGUGAACAUGACUGACAGACUCUGCUGCAGUCACAUUUUAAUGUCACCCUGACAACAGAGCACACACACGGAAAGACGUGAUGCCUGACAUCUACUCAACAAGACAUCUGCAUUUGCACAGAAAUUAAUUAAGGUUCACACAAAGAAGCAGAAGAUGCUGAAAACAGUGCAGGCUGCAUCUGUAGAGAGAGAAAAAAAAAGAGAUCAUGAACUAUGGAAGAUGUUAAAGAUGAGCAAGAAGAAAAUCGGGAAACAGGGGAGAGGCAAAGAAUGAAAUGGUGAAAUUUGUGAUGGAGUAGUAGGCAGGAAAGAGCAAACAAUACAUCAAUGCAAGGCAACAGGAGGUCCCAAUCAGAUGCACAGAAACCAAAAAGCUAUAGGCAAUCAACAUGGAGGAUAUUCGUAGGUCAAAACUUAAUCUUCUUCAAUGGUUGACCAAUGAUCCAGAUUUUAUUCUACAAGUAGUACAAGAAGAUGGUCUCAUUACUCAGCGAGAGUAUCAAAAACUGAAGGCAGAGAAUGAUCCUGAAAAAAGAAUCAUAAAUCUUCUUGAUAUUGUAAUUGGAAAAGGCAGUUUAUCCUGUGAGAACUUCAUCUGUAUCCUGCAGAAAGAUAAAGUUAAAGAGACUUAUCCAAAGCUGACAGAAUGGCUUUCACAUAGAGAACAAGCUGUUAAACCCAGUGGACAACAUAUUAUCAACGCUGAUGUUCAUGCUGCUGGAGGUUCCUUCGUUGUGUGUCCCAUAAUCCAAACUAAUCAAACUUUGAGUACCCCAAAUGUCAGCAUACCUUUGAAUAUCAAUUCAUCCAAGAAUGACAGGAGUCUGCCAAACAGUCUGACUUUAGGUUCCACAAAGGAAAUAAGUGUCAAAGAGUUGGAGGAUAAAGUAACAGACAAGAAAUCAUUUCUGUUCUCGAAUUGGGGAAGUCUUGUUCAGAAAGUAAAACACGUCGACGAACUUGCUGAUCAAAUGAUGGGAUAUGGUCUUACUAAUGAAAUGUACUCUGAAAUCUUGGGCUGCAAAACAUCUCAGGAGAAGAUGAGGAAACUUCUACAAUACUCAACAACAACUGAUGUGGUUUCAGGGCACCUGUUUUCAGCAUUGUGUGCAUUGCAUAAUUAUGUCAUACAAGAGCUAAUUCAAUAAGACUAACAUAUACCAUCUGAGAUUAUUCCUUAUUUUGUGUAGCUAAAACAUGGCUUGGUUUUAACUGUGUUUGGAAAGAAUGCCUUCAUAUUUCAGGCCUAUAAUAUUUAGGUAAGUAUUAAAGCAUAAUGCCGGGUCUCCAUCUACAUUAUGUUCUAUCCUCUAAUUGCGUGUGGUGCUGGACUUUGCUUCCUCAUGUGUACACAUAGCACUUUGUACUUGGAUCUGACCAGACCCCUUGCAAGGUAUUGGAAGGAGGUAGCCUCAAUCUUAACUUUUAUAUUUAUUUAAAGGCAAAUGUAAGGUGCGGUGUUCCGGAUAUAAUUCCAUUAGUCCACCACUAGGCUUUUAUCAUAACAUGCCUUAUUUUUACAAAACAGCUAAAAUACAAGAAAAAAUAAUUAGAAUAACUUUAUUGAAAUACUUAACAAGGUAAUGUACUUUUCACCACUAAUCAUCAACUGUUUCAAUGUAGACAGCAUUCCACAAACAUAGCCUUUGCUAAAAAAUGCUAUUCAGCAAAACAGUUAUGGAUCUCACGUGCUGUCUCUCUCCAGUCCAGAGGAAAGAUUUUUAAGAGGAAGCCUCACUUUCUAAGACUUCAUUCUAGUCACCGGAAGCGCAAGCUUUUACCUCAACAGCUCGCAGAAACCUUCUCACUAACUGAAAGCAAAACUAAAAGUCCUUCCUGGCUCUGUUUAACCCUGACCAUGCCCACUCAUGAUUCUUUUGUCCCUUUCUAAAGAAAAAGAUAACUCCAAGCUGUUUGCCAACUGCCUUUCUGAAGGAGACUGUACAACAUCACUGUGGCAAAACUCUUCUGCAAGAGAAACAGCACAGAAUACAUCUCUCUUAAAUUGCACAGUUUCAUCACAAUUUCCAUUCUAAUAGUGAGAGAGAGGUGGGAGUUGUAAAACAGCAUCAUGUGAACUGUUGCCAGGUUUCCUCUGGCUAUCCCCAUGUGAGACGUGGACUGUGAAAAUUGACAUAUACACUUUGGUCAUGGUCAGUAAAGGCACCUCAGAGACUACUUCUGGUUAUGCCUAUGCUUAAAAAAUAGCCUGUUACACAUGGGAUUGAAGGAAAGUGCACAGUGGUCUAUUAGUUGACCAUGCAGGAAUAAGGGAAUGCAUGGAAAGGAAUUGCUGUUGCUUUGUAUAUGAAAUAAAAAUCUGCUGAUCUUACUUGUCCAUGUGAAUUCAUUUGUUUGAC